GGCUUUCUCUUGAUGACACCUCUAAGAAGACUUGAAAUGUCAGGGAAUUAAUGCCCUCUCUUUCUCUCCGUUCACUUUCCCAAGCCAGCAAAGGAUUGUUGAGAGGUGCAGUGUGGUGACUUUCCUCAUCUGUUAGUCUAUGGACCAUCAGGUGCUGGAAAAAAGACAAGAAUUAUGUGUAUUCUACGUGAACUUUAUGGUGUGGGAGUGGAAAAAUUGAGAAUUGAACAUCAGACCAUCACAACUCCAUCUAAAAAGAAAAUUGAAAUUAGCACUAUUGCAAGCAAUUACCACCUUGAAGUUAAUCCCAGUGAUGCUGGAAAUAGUGACCGGGUAGUAAUUCAGGAGAUGUUGAAAACAGUGGCACAAUCACAGCAACUUGAAACAAACUCUCAAAAAGAUUUUAAAGUCGUGUUAUUGACAGAAGUUGACAAACUCACUAAAGAUGCUCAGCAUGCCUUGCGCAGAACCAUGGAAAAGUAUAUGUCCACCUGCAGGUUGAUCUUGUGUUGCAAUUCUACAUCAAAAGUGAUACCACCUAUUCGUAGUAGGUGCCUUGCAGUUCGUGUGCCUGCUCCCAGCAUUGAAGAUAUUUGCCAUGUGUUAUCUACUGUGUGCAAGAAGGAAGGUCUAAAUCUUCCUUCACAACUGGCUCGUAGACUUGCAGAGAAGUCCUGCAGAAAUCUCAGAAAAGCUCUGCUUAUGUGUGAAGCCUGCAGAGUGCAACAAUAUCCUUUUACUGGAGAUCAAGAAAUCCCUGAAACAGAUUGGGAGGUGUAUCUGAGGGAGACUGCCAAUGCUAUUGUCAGUCAGCAGACUCCACAGAGGCUCCUUGAAGUUCGUGGGAGACUCUAUGAGCUUCUGACUCAUUGUAUUCCUCCUGAAAUAAUAAUGAAGGGCCUUCUCUCAGAGCUUUUACAUAAUUGUGAUGGACAACUGAAAGGGGAAGUGGCCCAGAUGGCAGCUUACUAUGAACAUCGUCUACAGCUGGGUAGCAAAGCCAUUUAUCACUUGGAAGCAUUUGUGGCCAAAUUUAUGGCACUUUAUAAGAAGUUCAUGGAGGAUGGAUUGGAAGGCAUGAUAUUCUGACAUCUAUCAGUAAUUCUUCCUAAUAUUUCUCAGUAUCAGCAUUUACAUUAAAUUUAUAUUGGAAGAGCUACAGGAUCAAGGAGGGCACUCUGGAGGGACUGACUAACCUUGAUUCCAUGUGGCAUUUCCUCUGACUUUCAAGACUCACUGUCCUAUCAUAGAAUCUCAGAUCGGCUCUAUGUUAACAUCAUUCUUGUGGGGACGACUUUUAAGCUGCCUGCCACUAGACCCAGGAGGAAACUCAAAAGAGCAGAGACGUGUAGCUUGUGAUCUUAUGAAGGUGGCCUCCUGAAAGGUCUCCCAAGGCAGACAGCUACAACUCUUGCUGACCAUAGGCUUUGAUGGAAGAAAUUUUCACAUACUGAGAUGGCAGCUGGAGAUGCAGACAUCACGGUCAUAUUCUAGAAUGGCAGCAGGACAAAGGAAACUUUAAAGAAGAUUUCCUAGAGGAUGGCUUUACAAAGGGAAGAAUUAUGACAUUUCAUGUUUGAAAUAACAUGUAGAAUCACUGCAGUUCUUUGCUGUGGAUGCAGUUCAUUUUGUAAGGACAAACACAACUCCCCUUCGAAGCUCCAAAAAUGAUUUUUCACUUAAGUCUCUUGCCAGCUCCAACUGUGCCACACAAAAAUACUGCAACCAGUUACAGCUGGUGACCUUUACAGUAAAAGUAACCCAGAAAAGGGCCACACUUCCUUCAUCCCAACUCUUACCCAUCCUACAUCUAUACCUGCAACUGAAAGAUGAGACUGGAUUUAGCAUGAUAAUCCUGAGGCUGUAAUGAUCCAUCACAUCAUUGAAAGAUGCAGUUAUGUUCAGUAGACUGUGCUUAGUAAGGCCCCACACCAGUGUUCUACAGCAUUUCCUACAUGGAGCAGCAUCUCUUGGAAUUUUAAAGAAAGACCUAAGGACUCCUGAAAAUAUCAUUUAUCUUUCAUAUAAAUAUGACACCUCAGAUACAGAAGAAUUGGCGAAAAGCAUUUCAGGUGGUUAGAAUAAGUUGCCAUAGUCCGGACAUGGAGGCAAGGAUGCUGGAAUAAUUCUGUAGAAGCAAUCCAACUUGUGCUUAGGAGCCCAUGGCCUGGAGGUGGUCGGGGGAGAAGAGUCUGGAAAGGUACAUUGGAUCACGAGAGAAGAUAGCAUUAUCAAAGUGAUGAUACACAGAGAGAGGAAUUGAAGAAAACCUAAGAUGCUGGUAUCAAACAAGUAUGUAGCUGUCAGUGGUUGGUCCCCACCUGCUCAUCUUCUGGGGUUCUGAGACAACUGGAGAAAUCUGAAUAAG